AUGGAAAGUCUCGAUCGCGUUGGAGAUGAGUCUGUGGAAGAUGUCUUCCUCCAAGAUGAUCAGCUGAGCUCAACCAUCGCAGAACAUGCGAGGCAAUGCCAGUCUCUUUUCCACAAGUACAUGGACAUGCCAGAUAUCGUGCCAGACCCUAGUAUCAUAGACGACCAACUUGCACGCUUUUCUCUGUGGGCAGCAAAUAUGGACGUGUUCGGGCCGCUCAAUGUCUCGCUUGACUACAGACUCCGGUACAGUCCUAUAUCCGCCGAUAUUAUACAUCAGCUCCUGAGCAUCAUAUGCGACGGCUUGCUGUCUCAUCAGUGUUUACUCCUACCCCCUUGGGUUGGAAUGAAGAUCAAAGUUAAUGGAACUCUGGAAACAGUGAAGCCAAUUGACAAUCGACCACAAUGUUCGAGCAGAAAGAAACAACGCAUAUCAGUGCAUGUCGAUGCCGGAGCCAUGAGGAAAGCCGACAGCGACACUGACGAUUCAAAGAGCGAUGUCGAUCCAGUAGAAAGGAACGUAUUGAACAUUACCGAGACAAUCGAUGGAACAUUGACGCGGCUUUUCCGUCUCCACAAUGCUGUUCGAAAAUCCGCUUAA